AUGUCUUUCGGUCGACCCCCAUCCAUAAACGUCGGUUUCACGCCCAACCCCCCGGAUCGUGGUUCAUUCCCACUCGACCACUAUGGCGAAUGCAAGAACCAGAUGGUCCAAUACAUGAAGUGUCUGAAGGCAAACGAUAGCACUUCAACGGCUUGCCGGGAGCUGGGCAAGACGUAUCUAGACUGUCGGAUGAACAAGGGUCUCAUGGAGCGUGACGAGUGGAACAACCUUGGUUUCGCAAAUCUUCCCAACACAUCGACAUCCAAGGACAAGCCAGGUCCAAUUGCGAAACCUUCAUAA